UGUUGAAAUUAUUAUUGCCGCUCUCAUUAUGAGUGUGAGUGGAAAGAGGUCAAGUAUUUCGUCGUCUCACAAAAACGGCGAGCCGAGGACGUCGACAGCGAUCAGCUGCAAUUCGGGCUCUUCUGCUGAGGACAGCUCCGACGACGACUCCGGCGAUGACCUCAUUUGUCAGCAGCUCAAGAACAAGACUGCUAGCAAUUUAGAUUGCACUUAUUGGGACAUCCAGAAGCUAAUAAAGUACACUAGGGCUGGUAACCGGACGGCGACGGUUUUGGCGCUGACCUGUCUGAAGGAGCACGAGCUGAACAGCGUGUCGUGCCAGCAGGCGAUCCGUGACAUCGGCGGCAUCGAGGUGCUGAUCAACCUGCUGACGACUGCCGACGUCAAGUGCAAAAUCGUGGCCCUGCAGGUGCUGUCCGAGCUGGCAGAGUGCACGCUGGUGCGGCGCAGCAUCACCGACCUGGGCGGCGUGCCGCACCUCGUCACGUUGCUUGCGUCGCCAAACUACCAGCUCCGCUUGCUCGCCGCUCAGACGCUCGCGCACGUUGCCAAAGUCAACAAGGCCAGCCGCAUGGUCCGCAAGUCCUACUAUGGACUCGCCAGACUGGUUGACUUGCUAGACAUCCCAAUCAGCGUAUUGGAGCGGAAAUUGGAGCAGUUGUCGGACGACGAGGUGCAAAUGUUGGACGUGGCCCAUGCCGGUGCCAGAGCCCUGUGGUCGCUGUCACAGAGCCAGAAAAACAAAAAGGCCAUGCAGCGCGCUGGCUGCGUUCCCUUGCUGGCCAGACUGCUCAGGUCGGUGCACAGAAACGUGCUCGUGCCUGCGGCUGCCACGGUCCAACAAUGUGCCACGGAGGAAAUUUUCAAGUUGGCGAUGCAGAAAGAAGGGAUGAUCCCCGACUUGGUCACCCACCUCUCCAGCGACGACCCUGAGCUGCGGAAGCACGCAGCGCUGGCCAUCUUCAAAUGCGCCGAGGAAAAGGCGACUCGGGACGCGGUUCGGCAGAACGGCGGGCUCGAUCCUCUCGUGCAGAUGCUGAGGGCGGAAACGGCAAUCAAGGACGGCAACAAUAAGCCCAUUGUUGCGGCACUGAGCGGCGCACUCUGGAAAUGCGCCAUUAGCCCCGAAAACGUGAGGCGUCUCGAGGAACUCGACACGAUUGAGCUUCUCGUCGCUUGCUUGAAAAGCGAGGAUAACGAGGAGGUGUUGACAAAUUUGGUAGGUGCUAUCGCUGAGUGCUGCCGGUCUCCCAACAAUCGCGUAGCCUUGCGUUUGGCAGAUGGCCUACCAUCGCUGGUCGCCCUGCUUUCGGGCACCAACCCGAAAUUGCUGGAAAACACCGUUUCUGCCCUGGGCCAAGUUGCGCAGGAGCCCCAGAGCUUGAAGAUCCUGCUCGAGCUGGACGGCGUGCGGCUCAUUUGGACGCUACUCAAGUGCUCUGAUCCGCAGGUGCAAGCCAACGCCGCUUCAUCUUUGUGCCCAUUCAUCAAGCACGCCGAGGACUCUGCCGAAAUGGUUCGCAGUCUGAUCGGCGGCUUCGAGCUGCUGGUGACCUUGCUCUCGUCCAACGACAAGAGGGUGUUGAGCAAUGUGUGCGCCACGGUUAGUUGCAUCGCCAGCAAGGACAAGGACAACCUGGGCAUCAUCACCGACUACGGCGUCGUGGAAAGACUCGCCUCGCUCGUAACGACUGAGGAUCCGACUCUACGCAGUCACCUGUCAACAGCGAUCGCCCACUGCGCUGUCUACGGCAGCAACUGCAGGAAAUUCGGCCUGCUGGGAAUCGUGCCCACCCUAGUCGAUUAUAUGACCUGCUCCAACCUGGGUGUGCUCCGUGCCACGGCCAACGCUCUCUACAAGCUUUCCACAGAACCGUACAAUUGCAUUUGCAUGUUCGACAGUGGCGUCGUCCCCCACUUGCUUCAGACCAUCGGAUCUUCCGACGAGCAUUUACAGGAGAGCUCGGCGGGAUGUUUGAGCAACAUCAGAAGAAUGGCUCUGGCAGCACAGCAGGAGUUUUGACCACCAAGACGGAAACAUUUGCUCCCUUUAACCAAUAAUU